AAUAUUAUUAGUUACUUUCAUCUUGAGUGCUGACCAGAUGAAUGUCCAUAGUAAUAUUUCAGUACUCAAGACAGAACAUCCCCCAGUCACUUUGAGACCAUUACCAGAUUCUUCUUACUUUGUGGUGCCUAAGUGGCACAAAGUGCCUUCACUAAGAUGAUCUAGUCYCCUCSAUUUUUGGCAAUCUGUUCAAUCUUUUCGUCUUUCCAAAACAGAACAUUCCCAAGUCACUUUGAGACCAUUACCAGAUUGAUUGUUUUGGUUGAAUUAUUAAACUAUGCACAAAAGCAUGGAAGAUGAUUCACAGGGGAAACAGAUGUUGUUCUUUUCCUUACUUGAGUCUUGAUCAUCCACAGUUCUUUKUUACCAAAAACCUCACCCCAAGCAGCCAAAGUAAAAAGGAACUGUAUAUUAAACUUGAUGAAAUCCUGAUCUCCUCACUUCAUGAAGUCUUUGAAGUCUUUCCUGGAGCAACGGUUGACCGAGUUGAAAUGGUGGARUUCCUAAGUGAUGUUGUUAGAAGAAAUCUUUCAGUUUGCCCUGAGCUAGAGAAAAUAAUGUGCCUUAGAGAUACGGUGUUGACUGCCAGAGUAAAGAGAGCAUUUCCUGAAGUGGAAUAUAAGAGGAAACAGAUUAGACAAGAUCACUUUMGAAAAGCCUGGUUAUACGUCAAUAUCAGAAAGAAAGCCAAUCUGCAGGAAGCCAAUGACAUGAAAACGGGAAAUGCCAAUACAGCAGUAAGACUUGAAGGUAAUGCCAGCACGCAGAUAAAUAAUAGCAGCGUGUCAACAUCAGGGACCUGGACACCAGAAGCCCCUAAACCCUCCACCACCAGGAGUUUGACCAAAAAGCAGUCACCGCUCAACACACAACUACCAUCCACAAUAGAGCACCAUCCAGAACCACCGACCAAUAUUACCAGACGUCACUCGUCAGAAAGCAAACGACUCCCUCAAGAUAUCAAUAACUACAGAAAACUAGCGCCGAUACCACAAGGCGGGCCUGUAUCUAUGGUAACCGGAUUCAGUGCACAUGAGAAUUCAGCUGUUGUGCUGGAUAAUUACACGAUCAUCAAAUGGGUGAAAAUGAACUAUGUUGAAGACAGCACUUCAUAUGUUCCAGUUCAAGAUGUCGUGAAAGCAUUCAAAAAUACGUAUGGUGUUGAUAUUACCUAUAAAGAAUGCCAUCAGAUGAUUUACUCGGCGUUCACGAGCCCAAGRCAAAGAACUUGUCCACUCAAAACUGUCAGAGUGUCUUCUAUGGGAGCCCAGUAUGUUUACCGUGGCAUCGCGCAUGUCAGGACAGACAAGAGUGAUAGCUUCGAUGAGGAUAAUUAUUUCGAAGAUUCUCCGUCAGAGACCAUCGGCCACAACGAUCUAAUCCAAGAAGAGCGCGAUGAGGUCUGGCAGAAACUCAUCGAAGAACUAAAACAAGAACGAGACCAAUCGAUGCUCGAUAGGAACCGAGCCAUUUCAGCGCUUAUGGACUUGGAGAAAGAGCACACUAAAGCUCUUUCUGUGAUCGAUCAACUGAAGAGGGACUUAGCCGACACAAGACGUGUAAAUGAAGUUCAAAAUAAACAGGCAAAACUUGAACGUUUCCAAGAAAGUUCCACUUCAAAAAUCCAAAGCGAAAUGAAUUCAGCGCUAACCUUCACCUGUAAUAACUGCAGCGCGGGAAAAGUAGCCUACGAGCAUUUGAAGGAAGAGAGGGAUCAAAUUUGGAGAGAUAUCGUGAAACAGACAACUUUAGAGAAAGAAGAAACAAAGAAAAGGCUUGAGGUUGUUAAAAAAGAAAGGGAUGUCUAUCUUGAAAGACUUCACAGUUUUGAAAAGGAAAACCAGCGAUUGCGUGACUCAGUUGCCGUGCCCUGCUCUCCUCCACGUAAMRCACAAAAAGAAUUGUCAACCAUGCAAGCAAUCAAGCUAGAGAAUCGGGCCCAGGCUCUGCGAAAAAGCAUCGAAAAUGCCGUGGAUCCGCGGAAAAAUGGCCGUGAUUCACUCAAUUCUGUACUGUCGCACCUCCGUUCAAAAAGAAAACAAAGUACACCAACAAAGUUUAACAAAGUUCCUCGGCUGUCAAACWCAGAAGUCGAUUCKCCUUUGUUCAUUGAAAGCAGUACUUCUGAUUUGAAAAAGGUAUUCAGCUUCGAAAGMUUUCAAGGAAGYCAUAACUCACAGCCUUCUCCUCCACCAAACAACAUCSAGAAAGACAUUGACUCUAGUCCAGARACCUCACCCGAUCCUGCUGAGAUGCUGYUGUAUUUUGAAGGCAGUGACAUGAUUGCAUUCAAACCACAUCCAAUGGAGGAUUGAUUUCACSUCCUCCUGCAAACGUCGAAAAAUACGAAUGUGUGCCAAAGUGUAUAUUCUAUGUUAGGACAAACCACACAUCAAUCAUCCUUCGCACAGGGUUAUCCCCGRUUGGAAAACCACUUACGUAAAUCGUUCAUCCCAUGCACCAUGCACCAUGCAUCAUCCCACUCACACGAUCGCCCAUACGAGACUUUCUUUUCCUCUCAUUCCAUACAUCGACCAUUCAAUAUUCUGCGGCCACCGCUUCCAUAUAUCAUACUCGUCCAUCCACCCCCUGCUCUACGACCUCUCUCAUGCACAAACCCCAGAAAUGUACAGGUCAUACAAUGUGUAAAUAUUCAUAAAGUAGCAAAUGAUGUGGCAAAAAAGACUUAGCUGACUUUGUUUUCUUGUUUAUCACAACAUCUGAAAUAUACAAUAAUUUGUUCUGCACAGGU